CUUCAGAAAAAAAAAAACCUCAGCUAUUUAAAUGUGGAGAUGUGGAAGAUACAGCUGUCAAAGUGAAUGACAGAUUUUCUGUACUGGAGUCAAAAUAGAGUUGGAUUUAAAUGAUUAAGUGAUGGAUUGUCCACUACAGAUAACGUACUGUCAACCCAUUUAUAAAACAGGAUAACUUUUUUGUAGAUUUAUAGUAGUGGAACUGAAACGUUGGCCUUGUCUUCUGGUUGGCUGGUGUGCAACAUACUGGAACUUUUUUGUACCAGGAGCACAAAUUUGCAAGGAACUUAAAGCUUCCAGUACAGCACUAUAUAAAUGUGCUGAAUCCUCUCACUGUUGGAUUCUCAGUGUAUUGAUGUAACCAGCAGGCUGCAGCUUCCUCCUGCUGCAUCUGCUGCUCCUGGGAGGUGCGGAAAAGUUCCAUCUCACAUAGGGAAAUUACAACCGUCUCCAUAGCAAUGGACUGACAAUUCUCAGCCACAGUUGCCUUAUCGCCGCCCUCUGCUUUAUCUGCUCCCUCUCCAGGACAACCCGGGAGGCAUCCUUUCUUUUACGGCUCGGUCUGUUUCUUCUGUGUGUGCGUCACAGAGCCAUUGUUCAGUUACUGAUGAGGUCUCAGCGUUAGUGCCCGGACAACACGGCCGCGGGCAUGGGGCAGCAGAAAAAAAGAUCUGAAACAUCUUCCUACUUGGCUUAAAAAAAUAAGGGUUUUGGCAGCCUUGAAAAAGUUUGAAAUGCAACGCUUUUUUGCCAAAUGACACUAAAGCUACAAUGACUCUUUCGCUGCAUCCUGCCGGGGUGACUGUUUUCUGUUGGGUGCCAGGGGUUUUACAACAUGGUAAUGAGCAGCGCUGGCCUCCCCUGUCCACUGCGCUUCUAUAGCUGUUGCCGAGAGACAAAGUAGAAGUCAGCCAGGCGUUCAGAGAGAGCGGAGAAGAGGCCUUUAAAACAACGACAGUGCCAUAACUCACAGUGUGUCCGCGGGACGAGGGGAAGGGAAGGGGAAGAAGGGGUAAUGAGAGUUGGGGUUGGAGAUAAGGGAGGGUUAUUGAAAGGAGGGCAAAGUGUUUGACUUGUGCAAGAACACUGAGGAUGAGGGAAGAGUCGUGUAGCAAUGACACGAAGGAAGAUGAGGAUGGGCACGUUUCAUGCUGUGAUGGGAUGCCACUGAGUUCAACAAUGCUCCUGUGGUGAUCAGACAGAGAGUAGGCUUUUUUUUUUUUUUCUUUUUCUUCAGGAAGAUAUGAUGCGCUCUACAAGAUGAUGGGUACUCUCACAUCCGAUAGGCAGAGGCUGUGGAUUCUUUGUGUGGUUUUAAUGGCUGCAGCUGGAGAGGACACCCCUUGCCCAAAAGGUAGUCGGAUCCACCUGGGCACCUGGCGAUGCUAUUGGCUCUCUGAGACGACAUCUUCGUGGCCCGAGGCGCAGGAUUCAUGCAGAGAGAUUCCGGGAGGAGAUUUGGCUUCUGCUGAAAGCCUGGAGCUGCAAAAAUUCAUCCACUACUCCUUUCCUGUAAAAAGCACUAUAUGGGUUUGGCUGAGGGGAUCGAGCGGAGAUGGAUCUGACGAGGUUGGCUUUAUGGAGCCAGUAAGUCCUGCAUGGUGGGCUGGAGGCAGUGAAAGUCAGGGGGUGUGUACCCAGAAGGCCUUGGGGACGCUUGGACGGUGGAGGAAGUCUCACUGUGCUGGACUAUACAACUUCAUCUGUGAAAAGGAAGUGACUGAGUCUUUACCAUCUGUGGAUAGUUACCUGACAGGAUCGGUGCUCAUGACUGGCAUUUACGCUCAGGCCCAGAUACAGCCCCUACCCAGUGUCCCGGACAUCGGACAACUCACAGUGGAGAUGCAGCUGUUUCCAGGGAUGUGGUUCAGUCAUGCAGGUCAGCUGGCAUCGGUGGAGCUGGUGGUUCAGCCCAGUCCGGCGUCCUCUCUGGCCCGUGUCCAGAUCCUGCGACCUUACUGCAACCCCAGCCACCACCUAGUACCUCCAGGCUGCAGCUCUCUACUUAAUCCGUUUACCUGCUGCUCAGCAUUACCGCUUUGUAACACCACAGGGGGCUGCAGCUUGGGUCAGUACUGGUGCCACCUCACGGAGGCGUGUGUGCACACCACCAGCCCCUGCAGCCCCUACGACUCUACAGCAACAGGCCACGGCUUUGUGCUACCUCCCAGAUACCUUGCGAUACCACCCUUCUACCACCUGGUGGCAGACAUACCCCUGAGAACAAACCCUAGCUCUGAACUAAAAACUUUAAGUCUGGUCCUUCCAGAUCGAGCAAUCAUAGUGUACCCGGAUGAUGUUGUGGCAAUACAACACACUCGUGCCUCUGGAACAUUCCUUAAUUGUCUGAACAGUGAAGUCUCGCUAAACUCCCUUUGGCGCCAGAGUUACAUGUCAAUUAGGGGGAUGGACUGGGGAGGCUGGUGGGAGGGAGGCAUCACCUCUCUUCCUGAAGGAGUCCAGUGGGUUGAUGGAGUAGUGUGUGAUCUGAGGCUGCUGUACGUGGAUAAUCUUCCCAGAGGUACAGAGCACGUUGAUGACUUUGGCUUCACCCGCACAGAUCCAAAUAUUUUGGCCCUUACAACUGGUCCUACUCCGAGUCUGCGAUCUAAAUUUGAACUUAGAGUGAUCCACCCCGUGCCGGAUGGAAAGAACCAGAUUCACAUCCAAAUCAAUGUCCCAACACUCAUUGUUGUCAAGGUCCUGUCUGGACAGACAGCCAGGAGCUCAUGGUCAGCCCCAGUUCUUCAGACAGGGGUCCCCUUCCUUUCAUCUUGCCCCGAAGAGUUGGCUCAGUCCUGGCCUGGCUGUAAGAGACAGUCCCAUAAUGAGUGGUUCUCCUCUGUGACUCUGGUGUUGCCCUCAGAGGGGGUUAAAACCCUAAACAUCGAUGUGAUGGAUGCUGUGAGCUCUCAGAGUGUCAGUUUGAGUGUCUGUGGCUAUGAGGCAGUCACAGGGCUUAGUGUUGAGCCACAAGGAUGCCAGAGGAUGCUUGUAGAAACUCCACAGUCAUUUGAAGCCAAAGUAGAGAGUGGGUCUUCAGUAAAAUUCACAUGGGUGAUUGACAACCUGGAGAAGUUUGCCCAUGAAGGAAAAUCUUAUAGUGUCGUGUUCAAGAAGCCUGCUGAUUAUAAACUCAUGGUGACAGCUUCCAACCCUGUGAGCUCCCAGAGCCAGCAAAUCCUCUUGUCUGCUGAUGAAAUGGCCCCAAUGGCUGAGCCAGUGUUCCUGUUUGACAGGAAGGUUGUAGCUGUAGAUGCUACAAAUCUGUAUACCCUCAGGGUCAAAGUGGACAUUACGCUGCCAGUCAUCUUCAGAUGGGAUCUGGGGGAUGGCAGUAGCAAGGUGAUCCACACCAAGUCUGCUCCAUGUCAGACCAUGGAAGGGCUUAUGGAGGGAGGACAGAAGCAAGUGUAUGUCCAGGACUCAGUGAACUAUACUUAUUCCAUCCCAGAUGACUACACACUUCAUGUCCAAGUCUUCAACCAAUAUGACAAGGCCGAUGUGUCCAUGAAGAUAAAUGUCCGCCCUCCAUUGAAUCACCUCCACAUUUCCUCUUCCCUUCGUGCGCCCCUUGUCAAAGAGACCAUCCUUCUGGAAGCCUCCACAGGGCCCUCGACUAAUGCCGUCAUCUACACAUGGGACUUUGGCGACGGCUCUGAUGCUGUCCAAGGCAUCCACCAUAAAGUCAGCCAUAGUUUUGCGUCUGCAGGGCUCUAUAACGUCACAGUAUGUGUGAACAAUACUCUGACAGUCUUGACCAACUGGCUAGUGGUGGAAGUUGUGGAAAAAAUCUCUGGAUUAGCAGUCAGUUGCAAUGGACCCAGUGAACUAAACUCUGUUACAGAUUUCAGAGCUUCGGUCGCCACUGGUACAGGUCUCAUGUGGCAUUUUGACUUUGGUGAUGGGUCAUUGCAGGGAAACCUUACAGAUGGCUGGAUCUCUCACAUCUAUAAGUCAUCAGGGAACUAUACAGUACAUGUAACUGUCAUUAAUUCUGUCAGUCAAGCUCAUCAGUUAAUCACUGUAGUGGUCUAUAGAUUGGCUGUUAGUGGAGUUCUUCCGACAGAGUGCAUCAUGAGUGGAAGAGACAUAGAGCUUACUGCCCUAGUCAGUGGGAACAUAUCCGACCUGACUUUCCAUUGGCAGUUUGGAGAUGGAUCACCUCUAACUGCAGUUAGGGGACAAUCAACAGCCAAGCACACAUUUUUAAACCAACAGAUUUUUCAUAUUAGUCUCACUGUGUUUAGUUCUGUUACAUCUGUGUCAUUUAACACAAGUAUCUGUGUUGAAGCAGCAAUAACCGACAUGAUAGUGCACCCAUCACAGGAAGUAGUGGCAGUAGGAGAAGAGGUAUGCUUCAGGGUGGAAGUUUUCCCUGAACAGAUGGCAGGUUACCAGUUGAAGUGGUUUAGCAGCCCCUCUAGUCUCAUAGCUAGGACAGAAAAGACUCAAAAGUGUUUUAUCUUUAAAGACGAAGGUAUUGAGGAUAUAUCAGUAAUAGCAAUUAACAGGGUCAACAACCAAACAGCCAAAGCCAGGAUCACCAUUCAAAAGCCUAUAAGUAUGCUGUCUGUGGCUCACGAUAGUCAAAGUGACACACUGACUGUUGGCACACUCAUAUCAUUUUGGGUUGCCAGUUGUACUGGCAGCAAUGUUACUGUGCUGUGGGACUUUGGAGAUGGUUCUCCAAUGGAGCAGAACCAAAAUGUGUCACAUGUCUUUACCUCAGCGGGUCAGUUCACAGUCACAGCCACAGUAUUAAAUGCUGUUAGCCGUGAUUCUGUGUCCCUUGAAGUGAAUGUUUUACUUCCUGUUUCCGACCUUUCACUUCACACUAACCAGCCUUAUGCUGUAGUAGGAGAAGAAACUCUUAUCCUAGCAAUUAGUAGUUCUAUCAGUAGCACCAACUACUACUGGACUGUGGACGGUAUGACCUCAACCGAGCAAGGGACCUACCAGUUUAGAUUUGCCUUCCCGAAACCAGGAGUGUAUCAAGUGAGGGUUAUAGCACAUAACUUGGUGAGCAGAAAGGAGGCAGCUAUUGUAAUUGAGGUCUUUGAAAGAAUAGAGGGUCUUCAGAUUGAAUGUCAGAGCCUGAAAAACAUGAAGUACGUACCGACCCUAGAGGACCUGCUCUUAACUGCCUCAAUCACGAAAGGCUCCAAUGUCACUUACCACUGGCUUGCUACACAGAGGGAAAUCAACCAACAAUUUACUGGUAAUGGAGAGCUUUUUCAUAUGUUAGCUGAAACUCCUGGUGGGUUUUUAGUUCAGCUAAGAGCCUCUAACAAGUUGGGUGAGGCCACCGUUACUGUUUCUUUGGAGGCAGUACAGCUUGUAACAAGCGCACACUUUACAACACAGUCAAGUUUUGUGGCAUUAGGGAAAGUAGUGAAUAUCUCUGUAUCUGUUGUUGUUGGGUCAGACCUGCAAUACUUUUGGUAUGUGUAUCCUGAUCCCUCACCCCUGCAGACACAUGAUCCUUUUAUUCUCCACACAUUUACACAUUUGGGUCAAUGUCUUGUCAGAGUUUCAGUUCAGAAUGUCCUCAGCCAAAGCAAUGUCACCAAAGAGUUUAAUGUUCAGGAGGAAGUCCAAGGUGUGGACUUUCAAAUCGAAGGAAAGACACAUCCAUUUUAUAUCACCACAAGAACUGCCGUUCCACUCCAUGGGCUUAUACGAAAGGGUAGCAAUCUGCACUGGAAUUGGACAGUUACAGGUGCAAAAAACAUUAUUUUUCAUACCACUAAUCAGACAUUUAUCUCCACUUUUCCACAUGCAGGCAUGUAUCAGGUGUCUUUGAACGUCUCCAAUGACAUAAAUUGGCAGACAGUUUCACACAGUGUCACAGUCCAGGAUGCUAUCAAAGGCAUUUUGCUGAACAUGUCCAAGUCUACUUUCUGCACUGAAGAACAAGUUACUUUCAUUCCAACAGUCUCCAGUGGAACCAAUUUAAGCUUUGUUAUAACAUUCAGAAACAAAGACUGGAUUCAUAGUCAGUUCAUUGUUGAUGGGUGGUUCACCACAUCAAGCCUUCCUGCAGGGAUGCAUGUGGUUACCGUGAAAGCUUGGAACCAGGUCAGUAGUGCUGAGGUGUCUUCAAGCUUUCUGGUCUCAGAGCAUAUUCAACGGUUGAGGAUUGUGAACUGUUGUACUGCUGCUCUAGAAGCUCUGAAACAACAGCAGUUUAAAGCAGAAUUUCAAAGUGGACUUCCAGUCAACUUCACCUGGAAAUUUCACUUGGCUGGGUUUGAGCCUGUAACACUCAUGGGCCAGGAAGUGAUGUUUGCGCCAACAGAGAGCGGUUUAUUGUCUGUUAGUGUGCUAGCCACCAAUGGAAUCUGCUCCAAAACGGUAAAUGAUUCAGCUACAGUUCAGUGGCCUGUUAAGGAGGUCAAGCUUGUCGGUCAUUCAGAAAGAAUAUUUGUUGGACAUGCUGUUGCAUUUUCUACCAAAAUCAGUGGAGGAAGCAACCUCAGAUAUCUCUGGGACUUCGGAGAAUCCACUGAUGCAUUGGUGACAGACUUAAGCACAGUCAGUUAUACGUUUUCUACUCCUGGGAAAUACAGCAUUAUGGUCAAAGUUUUCAACAAUGUCAGCCAUGUGUCCACACAGCUAUUCAUGGAGGUGGAGGAGCUCCGGUGUCCCAGCCCUCAAGCUUCUCUUGUCCAGAGCCCAACUACAAUCUCCAGGUCUAGGCCGAGCUUUUUUGAAGCAAGUGUUGAGAGUAACUGCUCUGCUUACAAAACCGCAUACCUAUGGGAGAUACUCAUAGAGUCGGAUUGUAACUAUGACAACUUAGAAUUGUCUUUGAACAAAGUCAUCCUUAGAGAUCAGGUAGAUGUAACCACACCUAUACUCUUACUCCCAAAGCAUUCUCUCAAUAUAGGAUGGUACUGCCUGGUAUUCACUGUUUCAUUCAAGGACACUCCUCUACUUGUCCGACAAAAAACCCCCAUUGCAGUGGUCCACUCCCCACUAAUCGCUGUCAUCAAGGGAGGCUCACACAGACUGUGGUCCAGCCUUAGUGAACUUGUCUUGGAUGGAUCUAAGUCCCAGGACCCUGAUGUAGAGCCAGGACUGGAAGAUGCACUGCAAUAUAAAUGGACCUUCAUGGCACUGAACUCCACAGAGUCUCAUUUUGUAAAGCCAAUUUGGAGAAAUAGCAGUACAAUGACUGUACUGACCAAAGAGCUGCACCCAGGCACAGUCUACAUUGUCACUCUUACUGUACACAAGGAAGGAAGGAGGCCUGCCUCUGUCAACCAGACAGUGACUGUGUGUAACAUACCUGUGCUUCCCGUGAUUGUGGAAUGUGUGUCCUGCACUGUCCUGUCCUCCCCUCACCGCAUUAGUUACACCACCCCCACUGUCCUCUCAGGGCAAUGUGACCAGUGUGAUGACCAGGCUCAGUACAAAUGGAGCGCUGAGGACCAGUCUGGCAUGGCCCUAAACCUUAAUGAGGUCACCACCUCCAUAGGGCGACACUCUCCUCACUUGGAGGUGCAUUCAGGUGUCCUGCAGCCAGGGCAGCAUUAUACCUUCACUCUUAAUGUAUCCCAGCCUGACAGAGGGCAGUGGGGUAGUGCCAGCGUGACGAUACUACCUAACAAUCCGCCACAUGGAGGCUUGUGUGAUCUCAGUCCAGAGUCAGACAUACAUCUGCUGGAGACAGUAGUCAUCUACACCUGCUCAGGGUGGCAAGAUGAUGAAACCAGCGCCUCUCAGCUGAUCUAUACCUUACAGGUAGAAUCGUGCCAUCCCAUUGGCAUAGCAUGUCCCCUGCUCACUCUGUACAGGGGGACUCGUUCUACAUUUGGCAGCUUGGUUCCGAUGGGAAGUCCUGGGCAAGAUAGAAACAUGUCAGUUAUCACAGUUACAUUACUGGUAGAAGACCAUCUGGGGACAAAGGUCAUUGCUCUGAACAGAGUGUUGACAGUUGUAAAUACAGUGAGGGCAGAAGCUGCCAGUCAGUGGCUCAGAAACAAGAGCCAGGCAGAACUUUGGGCUUUAAUCCAACAUGGCAACCCUCAAGAGAUCCUCCCAUAUUCCAUUGCUCUCACCAGCCAGCUCAAUCAGAUGGAGUCUGGACAGAGCACCAGGGAGCUCGUGGACAGAAGAGAGAUCCGCAAAAAUGUGACCGAAGCUCUGGCCUCUCUCCCUGUAUCGUCCUUGCUGGAUGUUGAUCAGAUCAGCUCAGCACUGUCACUGUCUACUGCUGUUCCUAGCGAACUGGUUUGUGAAAACUGCCAGGAGAAGGUUCUGGAAGCUGUAGGGAAGAUGAUCCAUCUAAUGGAGGAACAGAUGAGUCCUGGUGUUUUGUCAGCCGUUGAAACAGGAAGGAACAUCCUUAACAUCAUAGGUAGCACAUUGGCUGCUCUUUCUGAGUCUGUUGGUGCUUCCAGCUCUCACACAGCCCACUCAAGCACUCUGGACUCAGCCUCCACAAUAGUCCUGCUGGCGCUGGGUCAUGCAGAGGCCCUGAUGCGCUCUUUGAUGCGUUCACAUGUUCAUGGAGAGGCACCCCUUUCGCUCUCCACCCCUUAUAUCAAUGCAGUGGGCUUCCACGGAGACCCCUCUGAUCUCCUUUGCACUCACCAGUCCAAUACAAACCAGAUCAUCACCACCCCAUGUCAGUUUCAUAUCCCUGCCUCCCUUACUGCUCACCUGAAAAGUCAGAAGUCUGGGGUGGUACAGGUGCUGUUUGAUAUGGAUGCAGAAUUGGGAUCCAAUCCUUUGCUCACUGUAGCCAACCCUCCAAUUUCCACCGCUCUGGUAGCCAUGGAGCUCAGCACACCUGAGGGCAAACCCAUACCCGUCAAGGAUCUGGACCCUGAGCAGGCCAUACGGGUCACCCUGCCCAACAAGCACCCUGUGGGACAGGAUGAUGGUGUUGGAGAUAGGGGGAUUGGUGAAGCUGGAAAUGGGACAUGUCUUGCUGUAACUCUUCCUGCUGAUGGAGGGUUAAACCUCACUGUCAAAGCUGUGGAUAGACUUGAUGAAAAUGCAGGUUUAUACAUCUCCUUCAACUUCAGCCUGGGUCCAGGAGCUACUCCAGUUAGUCUGGGACAUGUCAAGAUAAAAGUGAGCUCUACAGUGCCAGGGACUAAUGCAUCCCAGGAUUCCCUAGUGAGACAGUGGUCUCUCGCUCUCUCUGCUCCGACCACCUCCACAGAGGAAUCCAUCUUUCUGUCCCCACUUUUGAACGGGACGGACAAGCCUCUCUCGGUCAACCUGACCUCAUCUUUGGUCGACGGCGGUCCUGUCCGUGUGACGGUGUGUGUGUUCAGCUCUUUGUGCCAGUACUACAGUGUGAAGGAGAGGCGCUGGAGCAGUGAGGGUCUACAGCCACUGGAGGGCAGCACACUCCACACAGCCCAUUGUCUCACCCAGCACCUUACCAUGUUUGGGGCCAGUUUGUUUGUCCAUCCUGGGGCUGUUGUUCUGCUGCCGCCGUCAGGUGGCCCCAUACGCAACAUGUUGGUGGGGAUUGUGUGUGCUGUCCUGGUUCUGAUUCACCUGCUGGUGGGGCUCAUCGCCCAUAAACUGGACCACUUGGACAGCUUGAGACUGAGCCAGGUGCCCCUGUGUGGCCGACCGGGGCUAUACCACUACAGAGUGCUGGUCAAGACCGGCUGGAGGCGAGGAGCAGGCACCACAGCUCAUGUUGGCAUCAGUCUGUAUGGUGUGAACAAGAGCGGGUCUCGCCAUCUGCAGAGGGAUGGAGCUUUUCAGCGCGGCAGCUUGGACCAGUUUCACCUGGAGACAGACGACAACCUGGGAGAAGUUUGGAAAAUUCGCAUCUGGCACGAUAAUACAGGUCUGGAUCCAUCCUGGUACGUUCAGCAUGUGGUGGUCUGGGACCCUCAGACAGACCACAUGUUCUUCUUCCUGCUGGAGGACUGGCUCUCUGUGGAGAACCAGAAGAAUGGAACUGUGGAGAAGGAAGUUCUUGCCUCAUGUCCCAAGGAGCUUUCUCAGUUCCGACGGGUCUUUGCUUCCCAGCUGAUGUUUGGGAUGGUUGAGCACCACCUGUGGCUGUCGCUGUGGGAACGCCCCGCCCACAGCCGUUUCACCAGAGGUCAGAGGGUUACGUGUAGCGCCCUCAUGCUGCACCUCUACCUGGCACUGGGUGCUUUGUGGUACGGGGCUGUUGGCAUCCAGGGGCACAGUGGACCGGUGUCUGCCCAGCUGCUGGUUAAUGUGGAGACGGUUGCCGUGGGGAUGACUGUUGCGGCACUCGUGUUUCCUCUCCAGUGUUUCCUCUGUUUCCUGUUUGGGAAAUCCCACAGCCAGGUAGCCAUGGACAUGUCCGUUCCUCCCUCUCCCGUGUGUCACUCUGUGGAGAUGGACGUCUUCCUCGGCCAAUCGGGGCUCUCCGGCCCUUCCUUCCUGUCUCUACCAGACUCAUCCGGCCCAGUUAGGGACAGUCCUUCAUCUUUACUGGAGAGCAAGGCGUUUGACUCCAGUAUACUGGAUUUUUGGGCCGCGUCUGGCUUGGCUCCCCGGACAGAUGGAGCGUGUCAAGAGGAGGGCAUAGGGACAUGGCCGUCCUGUGACAGCCUCCUCAAUCUACCAGUGGGCCCGUGCCUCACCAACCCGACCCGAGACCUCAACGCCCUCGAGGCUUCACCUGCUCCCGGCCCGAUGCGCCAGCUGAGGAGAAAAAAGGGUGUCAUGCAGCUCCGCCUGGCUCCACCCUCCUCCACCAGCUCAUCCAGCGCUCCCCUUUGCAAACAUCCCAUUUCCACUUCUCAUGAUUUCCAUGCGGCACUGGACCGAAAGGCCCCCUGCACGAAUGCCAACUUAGUGCAAGCUCAUAACCACAAUCUGACAACUCUUCUGACUCUGUCUGAGGAGGAUCUGCUGAUGUCCAUAGUAGCAGCAGCAGAGGACACAGCAGAUAUAACUAACGGCAAUUCAGACAGCGGCCGGGACUCCCCUAGAACCACCUCUUCGCUCUCAAACACCUGGAGCGCCUCUUGCAGCAGCUGGUCCGAGCACAGUGAGGAUAAGUCACUCUACGGUGAAGAGAUCCAGAAGGCUGAUCCUCAGUCCUGCCCCUCCAUGUAUGGGACGGGGCUCUACAGGUGUCCCUCUGUGCUGUCUGUAGACUCUGUAGCCAGCACCUUUCUGCCGAGCCCUUCUCCCGACUCCACCCGCUCCUCCUCCGCCACGCGCAUAGGUGUCGCUCGAGCUCAGCCCGGCUGUCUGCUCCCUUCCUGGGCAGCGUGUGUGAUCUACCCCCUGGUGGCUGUGCUGCUCGGAGCCUGCCUGGCUGUCGUCGGACUCUACGGCAGCUUCUUCUCCAGAUCGGUAGUCCUCAUGUGGCUGGUAUCAGCCCUCUCAGCCUUCCUCACCUCUGCUCUGUUGCUGGAACCUCUGAAGGUGUGUGUGCAGGCCUUGAUCCUCACAGCACUGUGGAGGCCUGUGGAUCCAGAGGUGGAGGACCAGCUGGCUCAGGAGACCACUGUGGUUAGGGCGUUUGGGGAGCAUGCCGGGAAGAUCCGGCCGCCGUGUGGGUACGGGCUGCUGCAAGCUAAAGAGGAGGCCCGCAAAGUCCGAGCUCUGCGAUCACUCAUGAGGCACUGUGUGUGCCAGCUGUUAUUUCUGCUGCUGGUGCUGAUGGUGAACUACCAGGACAGCAUGGAGCGGAAGCAGGGCAGGCUACUGCACGCCGCCGUCAGACGCCAUCUUCACACGGCACCAUUGGGGGUUCCUAACCUCACUUCACUCAGAGACUGGACGGAUGCAGAACAGUGGGUCAUGCACACCUUGGUACCACACCUACACCAAAACCCUACACUACGCCUCGUUGGAUUGCCUCAGCUGCAGCACAGGAACACUCUCAGUCCUCCGGCAAGUGUCGUCCUGGGAGACAGCGGUGUGACAACACAGCAACUCCUCGCUGACCUGCACAUGGCUGACUGGAAUAAAGAACGGUUUAAAACUCUUUCCAUCAGCUUCACACACCACCACAGAGAAUCUGGUUUAUUUGUGUGUGUGUCCUUAAAACUAGAGUUGACUCAGACACAUAGAGUGACUCCUCUUCUCUGCAUCCACCCACUCCUCAUCCCUUCAUCCUUCUCUGGGCUGGACCUGCAGGUGGCCCUUACGGUUCUUCUUCUCAUCGCUGCUCUCCUCAUCUUGUUCGGAGAACUUUGGUUCAUGGCUACUGAGCGUGCACAGUAUCUGUGUCAGUGCAGACACUGGUUCCAGCUCAUCCUGGCCUUGUUGUCCCUGGCAACGGCCAUUCUGCAGCUCUGCUUCCUGUCCCAGGCCACUUCUUAUGUUUCCAAGCUUCAUUCCCACCCAGACGACUUCAUCGACUUCCACAGUGCAGCCCUUCUGGCAGAGAGGUGUUCUCAGUGUGCAGCUAUUCUGCUCACUCUACUUGUUCUAAAGCUCAUGGGAAACUUGAGGUUUGUGCGGAGGUGGGUGGUGUUAGGCAGAGUGCUGCAGAGAGCCUGGAGGGAGCUGUGGGCUCUGACUGUCCUCCUGCUGUUGCUGCUGCUGCUCUGCACUCACCUCGGGAACACGCUCUUCUCCGGUUCAGUAGAAGGUUUUCUGUCAGUACGUCAGAGUGGUGUCUCUGUGUUGUCCAUCCUGCGUGGCCGCGUGGCUCUUCAAAGACUAUGCAGGGUCCAUCCAGUCCUGGGCCCUCUCUAUGGGCUGCUACUCAUGGGGGGAGGUGUUUGGCUCUUUGCCAGACUCUGUGGAGCUGUUCUCAUCUGUACAUACAGGGCAGAGCAAGCUGAGCUGCACCGUCCAACCAUCGAACCUCAGGACUAUGAGAUGGUGGAGUUUUUCAUCAAGAGACUCAAACUGUGGAUGGGGCUCACCAAAACUAAGGAGUUCAGGCACAGGGUGAAGUUCGAAGGUAUGGACAUCCCUCCAUCCAGGUCCUCACAGGAAUCCCGUCUCUCUACCCUAUCUUCCACCCUCCCUUCACCCCUCUCUUCUUCCCUAUCCUCCUCAUUUUCAUCCCCCCGUCCCCUGUCCUCAGCUGUCUCCAUGAGGUCUGAGGACUUGUCUGAGCCUGGGUUCGAUGUCCAGCCCUACCUGGUCCGCCUGCUGCCCUGUGUCAGUGAACUGCUGUCUCGUUUUGAUCAGGUCAAUCAGAUUACUGAGGACGUUCACAGCCUGGAAAUGAAACUGGAAGAAGCUCGGGCAAGAAGAAGAAAUAGGUUGGUCAACAAUGAUGCAGCAAGAUUUGGAGAGUCAGCAAAGCCAAAGGAAUUGGAAGGAAAUGGAAGGGAAACAGGAGAAGUUAGACACAGGAAAACAGGCCUUCUUUACCCCAAGCCACGAGUCUCCCUUCCAUCGUCAUUUUCCUUCACUCCUUCCACACUUAACAACUCGGCUGCGUCGAUUGUUCCCCAUACACGUAGAUCUUACUCUGAGUCUGAAUCAGUACCAUCCCAGCUUCAGCCGUCUUGCAAAGACCUUACUUCUGAAGCAGCCAAACUUGCACCUGGAACCUAUGGCUUGUGCCCUGUAGGUUCUACUGGAGUUGACAGGCUCCCCAGGAGAAGAGCUUGGCAUUCUGGGAGCUCUCACUCAGCUGAUGCAGCUCAGAGGAUCUUGCUGAGCCAAGGUGGAGCUCCAUGUGGCAAUGGAGGAGAACAUUUUGCCUUCAACACCAGACCCAGGAGUGAAGAAGGGACCAGAAGACAAAUCGGUGAAGGACUCCCAGUUAAGAGGAAGGCUUGGACCUCUGAAGGAUCAGAGACCGAGCAAGACUGACCAGGUGCACUAGAAGUUAACUUAGUUGACAGAUUUUAUUCUGGUUGGAUCUGUGUAGUGAAUCUGGACUGGAUCUUUGUAGUGGUUUGCAGCGACAUAGUACUGAGCAGUCGGAUUGUACUGAUUGUUGCUUCUUUGGAAAUGUAACUGGUUUGAUGCAUUGAAAGAAGUGGGAAAGUUGAGUUAAAGAUGCUUUUGCUACUAUUGCUUUUGCUGCAUGACACAUACAGAGAGGACAUGCCUUCCCCCUUUAGCUGAACCACCAUAAGACCUUAUUUCAGAAUAAAUACGUGCUACACUGUGAUAAAUACGCUGUCUCAAGCCAUUGAGCUACCUAUUUUUUUCUGAAAUAUGGUCCCAUGAGACACACCAGAAAGGGCGGGUCUUCACCUCACUAUAUUCUUUUGUAAAAGUGUAAUUUCUAUAUUACAACAAAAACAACUCUUAUCCAGUGCAGGCACAUGCAAAAGAAAUAAUGGAAGUGCAAAUGAUUUUUUCAUUAUCCAGUCAAUUAUUUAGGCCAAAAAGCCUGUUGAACAUACACCUGAAAACACAUAGACAUUGGUGAAAUUGGUUGUCACUGUGAGUGAAGAGAGAAUGCAAUUAGUAAUAUUUGUAUAAAAAUUAAAACAAAUUAAAAAAUGAACAGUUGUGAAGCAAUAAAAGUGUAAUUUCUAAUUUUUAAAUUUGCAAGUUUCACCUUUGUCUACUUUGUUCCUUACAGUACUGUAUGCUAUAAAUGCAGUUAUAUGUUGAUAUAGUUUUUUAAGAGACCCUGUUGAUGUUUUCCUCCACAGAAGAAUAAAGACAAGUGGCCAUUUGGCCUGAAAGAC